AUGGUGACAAAAGGUGUUGUGCUUGGCCAUAAGGUUUCUAAGGUAGGAUUGGAAGUUGAUGACGCAAAGAUAGACAUGAUUGCAAAGUUACCUGCACCUGCAAAUAUCAAGGCCCUGAGAAGCUAUUUAGGCCAUGCAGAGAAGAAAAUGUUGGUGAUGGUGUUUACAACUGAAAAUUUUCGAGCAUAUUCGGUUGGUACGUUUGCAACCACCUAUAGUGAACACUCUGCCAUUAAGUUCUUGAUGGAUAAGAAUGACGCAAAGCCCAGACUCAUUCGCGAGUUAGGGCUAGCAGAAAUUGAGGAAAAAUUCUUUGACAAAUGCCUGUUGAAAGUUGAAGAUCGAGAACCUUGGUAUGCUGACAUUGUCAACUACUUAACCACCAAGCAGUUUCCCGAAGAGUUCAAUGCACAACAAAGAAAAAGGCUUAUGCACUACAACAAGUUGAGGUACAACGCAUACUAUCUAAAUGUCAUGACUCCCCUUGUGGAGGCCACUUUGGAGGACAACAGACUACUGCAAAGGUCUUUCAAAGUGGCAAGAAAUGCAAUUCCCCUGAACAACAUACUUGAAGUGGAGCUAUUAGAUGUUUGGGGUAUUGAUUUCAUGGGGCCAUUUCCUCCCUCUUGCAGACAACAAUAUAUCUUGGUGGUAGUAGAUUAUGUAUCAAAAUGGGUUGAGGCAGCAGCUUAUGCAAAGAAUGAUGCAGUGACUAUUUCAAAAUUCCUGGCAAAGUACAUCUUCACAUGCUUUGGAACACACAGGCGUUAA